AGUCGGUCACGUGAUUCGUACGUUUAUUUCUUUCCUUGACGCGGGAAGUUACGAUUUCCAGUCUCUUAAAUCGAUUUUUAAACGCUAAAAACACUUUUAUCCACCCAUACAGUCAGAAUAACUGCGGGCACGCUGCCAGUUAAAGUUAAGAGUUGAGGUUAGGAGUUAAAGUUAGCCGGACUCUCGGAGCUGCAGGGCGGCGGAGGACCUGUGCAGCUCAGUGAAUGGAGCUCUACGGGUAGACGCUAAAAUGUAUCUGUUAGCUGCGCAGCUAAGCUAACUAACUUAUCAGUGACCUAACUGAUACUGAUGUUACUGUGCACCAUGUGACCCUGCGUAUAUUUUAUUUGAGAAAGAGCUGUAAACCUCUUUUUGUACCUGCGUGUUAGCUACGUUAUCAAUGUGUGUUUAGCAAAGCUAGACUGAGUGAAAGAUCCAGCAGCUAACUUACAAUAUGGAGCAGAGCAGGGAGAGACCAGAAGACAGAAACCAGCAGCGGACAUCCAGCAUGUGCUUUGGACAGUUCAAAUACACUGCUGAGGAGUACCAGGCAAUUCAGAAGGCUCUUGGACAGAAACUUGGACCAGAGUACAUUAGUACUAGACAGGCUGGUGGGGGGCAAAAGGUGUGUUACAUUGAGGGUCACAAAGUGAUCGGUUUAGCUAAUGAAAUGUUUGGGUACAAUGGCUGGUCUCAUUCAAUUACUCAACAAAAUGUUGACUUUGUGGACCUGAUUAAUGGUAAAUUUUAUGUUGGGGUCAGUGCAUUUGUGAAAGUGCAACUAAAGGAUGGAUCAUACCAUGAAGAUGUGGGAUAUGGUGUGAGUGAGGGCUUGAAGUCUAAAGCUCUGUCGCUGGAGAAGGCAAGAAAAGAGGCUGUCACAGAUGGACUGAAAAGAGCACUGAAAUGCUUUGGAAAUGCUCUUGGAAACUGCAUCCUCAACAAGGAGUACCUUGUAGCCAUCAACAAGAUUCCCAAGCAGCCCCCAUCUCCAUUAAAUCCAGACAAGACCAAGCGGUGUGAAGGAGAGCCUUCUGUGGAGAAGGCUAGGUAUGAAAGCCUGGCCCGCAGUAACUGCGUGAAGUUUACUAAUCCAGCCGAACAAGCAUCACACAACGCUCCCUUUGUAGAGACAGUGGUCCAGACUGAGCUAACAGGACCUCAGAAUAUUGUGGGAUCCAGGACCUCUUUGACAAACAUGACGACACAUUCUGGCAACAUGUCAGCUCAGCAGGACUGUGAAAAUAGAUCCAACAACCUGUCCAGGUCAGCAGCUGACAUGGUUGACCUGUCCUCCAGUAACCCCAUGCUGGACUCCAAGCAGCAGAGGAAGCUGAGGCAGCAGCAGCUGCAGCAAAAGUUCAGGGAGGAGAUGGAGGCCAAGAAGAUGCAUCAGGAGACGCCCCAGCUGAAAAGGGAAAACUCAGGGCCUGCAAUUCCUCUUAAAUCAGGCCAAGCUUCAGGUCCUAUUAACCACAGUACACCUAACGGACAUACAGUGCUCACCAAGGAAGAAUAUUUGGCUGAUGACCCAGAGCUGUGGGACUUUACUAUGGAUGGCAUCGACAUGCUUGAUGAUCUAGCAAAAGAAUCUUCAGGGGCUCCUCAGCCUUCCACUCCUGGUGAGCAUACGAUGGUCACACGAAGUAAGACUCCUCUGCGAACAGCUUCUCUAAGACCUCCAGUUCGUCCUCAGGACCCAGUGGUCCAUCGUGGCCAAAUAAAGCACACACACUACCAACCACCAGCCCAAAUUAUCACAGGGGCUAGAGGAACAAGUCAACAGAGUCCAUACAGACACGGACAGUACAUGAAGAAAAGGAAGCUGGACACGUGACGAUAAUUACAGUUUUAACUUUUUUGUUGUUGCCAAUUUGUAAGUAUAUGCAGAAAUGCUAAUAAAUACUUUGUUUUGGACCAA